CCCACUAGGUUAGCGCUGCCUUCAUGCUAACGCGUUAGCCAGGCUAAGUGCAUGCUAGCUAACGACGUUAACAUUAGCUUCUACUUUAACGUUCGUUUUUGCCACUUGUGCGAGAACAAAGUCGUAAUAAAUGUAAUAGAUAGCAAUGCUACGUUUGAGUUACGUAGUUUCCCAGGAAUAUCCACUCCCAUCCCCCUUACCCCCCCUCCCCCCCCUGUCAGAGAGCAUGGCUCAGGAGACCAAUCAGACGCAGGUGCCAAUGCUUUGCACUAUGGGCUGCGGUUUCUAUGGUAAUCCCCGCACCAACGGCAUGUGCUCGGUCUGCUACAAGGAACACCUGCAGAGACAACAGGGAGGGGGCCGUUCCAGCCCCCCAGGUGAGAAAGGCUCGGCAGCGUCGUCGCCGGUGGUGGGGUCCCCGGGAGGAGCUGGUGUGUCAGUAGAGACCGUAACGUCGGAACAUAGCACAGAAGGGGUCACUCCGCCCGAGGAAAGGACAUCCAGUCCCAGCUCACCCAGCCCAGUAACCCAGCAGAUGACAGCCAUGAGUAUCUCUCAGGAUGCUGGAGCCACUGACUCAGACCGGGCGGAUGGGGAUGAGGAAGAAGAGGAGGGGACAUCCAAAAGCACAGGACCAGUCGGGGAGGCAGCACCGGCCUCUUCUGAUGGCGAUCAGACCCCUGACAAAAACAAGAAGAAAAAACGAUGCUUCACCUGCCGGAAGAAAGUAGGCCUUACGGGCUUUGAUUGCCGUUGUGGUAACCUGUUCUGCGCCAUUCACCGCUACUCGGACAAACAUGACUGUCCCUACGACUAUCGAGGUGCUGCUGCGGCCCGCAUACGCAAGGAAAAUCCUAUUGUGGUGGCUGAGAAGAUCCAGAAGUUAUGAGGACUGAAUUGAAAAUCUCUGACAUGCACAUUUGGAACAGCGGUGGAACAUGGAAUAAUACCAGAUAAAAUGGCUUCAUUUGUUCAUGGUAGGAUACGGUGGGUGGGCGGAAGUGCCACACCCCUUGUCCAGCCGCUCCCUUUAUUGGCACCUCCCUCUCUCUCCUGGAGUGACCUCUUGAGUGUGAAUGUGUGAAUGCUUGUGUGGGGAAAUGGUGUGUGUGUUUUGCUUGAGAGUCAGGGAGUUGUAGUAGGGUUUGGUAAGCAUUAGUCUGCUGUGGAGAGGAAGACAUUUUUAAUUUUUACCAGUUUUAUUGUUUCUUAACCUGGGAGGACUUGGGAGUUUAUUUUUAUAUUACCCCUGUGAGGUAGUUGAAAUGAGAUAAAGUUAAGCUGUUUUAAGAUUAUGCCACAGCUCAGAUGGGACCUCGGGGAGGUCAAAUAAGGAUCCAUAUUCGGGAGUUUCGGUUUUAUCAGCAAGAUCUUUUGAGGGCUUCAAUUUACUCCCAGAGUAAAAAACCUGUCCAGAUUUUGUGUCAGAUUUCAGCAUUUAAUUUUUCCCCUCUGACCCUUGGGUGAACAGUUCCCAACAUGUCAAACUUCCAAGUCUGCAUUUUCAAGAAAUGUUUCACUUUGAUAUAUUGACUUAUCAUAAUGAUGUAGGGUGCAUGAACAGUUGUUGGAGGGGUGGGGUGGGGGAUAUUCAGAGCCUUGACAUAACGGAGUGAUUGCGUUAUAUUUUUUCCUUCCUUUUCUGUUUUAAUGAGCGUAUGAUGUCAGAAGAUCUAUAUUAAUAUAUUGUAGUUAGCUUGGAUUGUGUGAUUGCAUUCUAUUUAUUAUUUUUUUAUCAUCAUUUGGUUGGUUUGUACUGGAGGAUUGGCAGCAUGUCAGCAAAUCAUUCAAUUUGUAGUUAACUUUUCAAUUCUGUUUAAGCAUUUCCAACUGAUUAUGUAAACGGGGGGGGGGGGGGACCACCUGAUGUGUUGGACUAGAGUCCUGUUAAUAGGUUCAGAUUAGGACUGUGUCGGAAAUGUACAUUAAUUUGGAAACAAAGCACAAUUAAUAGUGUCAAAUGCAGAGCACAAGAAUAUUGAAUGUGCAAAUGAACCUACAUUUUCCUCAGCGUCCAACUAUUUAGUUUAGAUUAAUUUGUUUUUUUUGUGGGUUUGCUACAGAGAAUACAACGUCUUGUCUGUGCAGGCAUGACAAUGUAGUCAUGAUGUUCUUAAACAAUGAUUCUGUUCCAGAGAUCAUACACAGUAAGCCUCCUGGUCCUUAACCACCAGCAGACCACUGUGUUGAAUGGUAAUUGAACUGGUUGGCAAUUAGUCUCCAUGGUGACAUUUCUCAGCUCAAGUGAAUUGUCACAAUACUUAAGAAUGACAGUUGCGUGCUGUGCUUUAUGAUGUCCUCUUUUUUGAAGACGCUUCUAGCUAGCUUCUUCCAUGAAGCUCAAUGUGUGCAUGCAUGUGCAGUCAGAUGAAUAACCCUGUUUAUUUCAAAGGACUGCACUGAUGAUAAAUGAGCAAGAACGUUAAGACACACAGCAUUAGCACAAUGCAUGGCAACACGUUUACUGGAACCUCGACUAGCUGAGGUACAAGUUAAUGGGACUCUACUGUGUUUUUAAAUGUAAAUACAAUGUGGCUGAUAUUCAUAUAGUAUAAUCUUAUGUAGAAUGUCACCAGGUAACAAGUUGGGGAUAAAAGGGUAAAAUAUUAGUGUGUGUAUACCAGUGCUAUUCAUAACUACCCUAAUGAAAGAAGUGCUGUGACACUGCUUUGUUUUUGUAUGAUUUUAUUUUCACAGGUAAUUCCUGUCUUGGAAGAGGGUUGAGUUUAGACGAAGUGAUGACAUUACCCUAAAUUCCAUAUUUAUCCUUGAGUGUCAGGCCAAGUUACUUUCGAGUUCUGUCUGAUUGCCCGCAGAUUUUGUGACUCAUCAGUCAAACACCCUAUUUUCCCAAAUACUGAUACUAACUAGUUCAUUCUUUAGCAAGGGCCUUGAUACUGGUUAUUUUGAAGAUUGGUCACACUAGUUUGUGGCACAGCAAUUUGAGGCACAUCGUCCUCAUGUUUUGCAUUGUUGGGUGACUCAGUGAUUUCCAUGUUCAUGCUUUUUUUUUUUUCAUAAACCUUUAUCAUAAUGUAGUGGAUGUUAUUGGAAAAAUAUGAUUUGGUGGAAAAAGCAGACCGUAAACACCAAAGAGGCCCCUUUGUGAGAAAUUCUGAACUGAAUGAGCUCUUUUCUAUAAACAGGAAAUAACCUGGAUUUGUGAUUGGAGCACUAGUCUGUAGUGUUGCCAGUUAAAGGUCUUAGAGAGGGAUAGGUUUAUGUAGCUCAGUCUUGGCAUGCUAGGUUGUCUGAGCUGAGCCCUGCACUCAGCCCUCUGGAUUCUCAUUUGAAAGGGGUUCACACAUGUACGCACCAUUUUAAUCUAAGUAGGUUGGUGCAGUGCCUGUGAUACUAUGUUAAAGAAGCACCUGAGAUGUGAUUAAUGAUAAAGUAGGACCAGCCUGUCUGAGAUAGAAAAACAUACUUUGUUGUAGCCCCCCCCCCCAGGAUAUUUCAGUAUUAAAAGUAUGCCGUGAACUAGCUUUAAAAUUGCGCAGCAAUUCCUUUUUUCUAGGGAGUCCGCUUGUCUUCUUUGAAAUUGGGAUGUUUCACAGGUUGAUCGUCUACCUAUUCUACCCCAGAAUGUUGAAGGGUGAGCAGUUUGAAUGUAACCAAACUGUCAUGGUUAUCAAGUGAUUCUUGGCUCUGGAAUUUACCACUCCAAAUCUCAGCGGGUGUAUACUUUCAGCUAAACAGAUCUGUUGAAUCACUGUUAUUUUAUGUAAAUGGAUGACCUUAACCGGAUCAGAAUCAGUGAUGUGAUUUUGUUACAAAAACAUCCACUACAAUCUGUUGCACAUUUACUACUUUGAUGUCAUGAGUUUUUUUUUUAGCACACCUUCACAUAAUCAUUGUCCUCAUCUUUCGAUCAUUACUACAAAGCUUCUGAUACGUGAUAAAAAAUAGGUAUUGAGUGACCAUAUCUGGCAAUAUUCUUUGUCAGCAUGACAGAGUUCCCAUGGAAGACCCAAGUAUGCUCAUACCAGUGAUGUAAGAAAUCAUGGAAUGGACAAUAAUUGAUCUCCAGAAUGUUACGUGUUGAUGUGUGCUGCAGGAAAUUGCAAAUGAGCAGUUUAGUCCAUUGGUGCACCAUUCCCCCAGAGACAACCAGAUGUUUUUAUUUUUUGUUCUUUUAAAAUUUAGGAUUGUAUGAUGUGUAAGAAGAGUAAGUAUAAAACAAUAAAAUCACAAAGUUUAUUUUAAAUGUA